UCUUACAUUUCCUGUCUCGACAAUUUCUCUGGUUCGGGAAUUAUAAUAAGUUAGUAAAUAUAAUUAAACUCGUUGUUUUAAGAAAUUUUUAUUGAAAAUAUGCAAGUAUUAUAAAUAACUGGCUUAUUUACUUGCACUUACACUUGCUAAUUAUCUGUGACAGUCGAUAAUGGCUCCACGAAAGGGAAAAGUUCAACAGGAACAAGUUCAGGUGUCCCUAGGACCCCAGGUGCGGGAAGGAGAAGUAGUUUUUGGAGUGGCACACAUUUUUGCCAGUUUCAAUGACACAUUCGUACAUGUCACUGAUUUGUCGGGCAGAGAAACCAUUGCACGAGUCACAGGUGGCAUGAAGGUAAAAGCUGACAGAGAUGAGGCAUCACCCUAUGCUGCUAUGUUGGCUGCACAAGAUGUUGCAGAGAAGUGCAAAUCUCUGGGAAUCACUGCUUUGCACAUCAAGCUUCGAGCUACUGGUGGAAACAAAACAAAAACUCCAGGUCCCGGUGCUCAGUCAGCCCUCCGGGCGCUAGCACGUUCUGCCAUGAAGAUUGGCCGUAUUGAAGAUGUAACUCCCAUUCCUUCUGAUUCAACAAGAAGGAAGGGAGGACGACGUGGUCGCAGAUUGUAAAUGAUCACAAAACUGUAAAUCAUUGCCACAAUAAAACAACUUGAUAAAUUCUUAA